CUUGAAGUCUUUUAAGUAGAUAAUCCUUUCAGAGAAGUCUUUUCUUUCUGCAGAGUUGUGUUUGAAAAAAGCUAGUGGAAAAAGUUCCAGGACUACAUGUCCAAUCAGGAAACUACAAGAGGUAGAAACAUAUGUUGAUUUAUCAGUGUUUUUAACUUUCCACUAGGCUGAAAACAGCUUUUGUGGAAAAACAAAACUUGGCAGCAAACAUCUAAAAUGAAGAGCCCCCAGACUUUUGAGGAACAAACGGAAUGUAUUGUGAACACUCUACUCAUGGACUUCUUGAGCCCAACAUUGCAGGUUGCCAACCGGGACCUAGGCUGUGAAGAUGAAGUAGAUUCAGGAGAGUCUUGCUCUUUUGAUGUAGCAAUCAUCGCUGGUCGCCUUCGGAUGUUGGGUGACCAGUUCAACGGAGAAUUGGAAGCUUCUGCCAAAAGCGUCAUUACAGAAACCAUUCAGGGACAGGCAGGAGCUAUGCUUCAGAGUACGGUGGAAUCUCUCAGCAGGACCUGGUGUGGCUCAGAUUCCAGCUUAGUUUAUGAGAGAGCCUUUCUGGCAGUGUCAGUGAAACUUCUUGAGUGUGUGGCUCACGUGGCUCCUGAAGUGGUGAGACAGGUGGCUAUCUCCAUGACGGGUAUGAUCAAUGGGAACACAGCCAUCCGGGAGUUCAUCCAGGGCCAGGGAGGUUGGGAAAAUCUGGAGAGCUGAAGAGGUGGAGCUAUUCACUGGACUGAACAUCACUUCCUCGUUUACUGAUUGAUUCCUGGCCAUUGAAACAAACAAAUGAACAAACAAACAAAAGUAACCCACUUUUUUCAUUUUAUCAGAACUGAA